UAACAUCAAAAACCGCAUUUUCAAACCGUAUCAAAGAAGACAGAGAAUUAUUUGGUCAAAAAAAACAGACAGAAGACCAAAUCAAAACUCUCUAUUCCUUUUUGUGUUCUGUUUUUCUGUAGGGGUUUUCGAAUUUUCUUCUAAAGACUCGCAUCGAUCAUGGCGACUGAUGAAACGAUAUUUGAUCACCUGAAGAAGGAGAUUCCGGUAGACGAGGAGUCUCUUCUUCUGAAACCAGACUCGAGCGUCGGUCUCGUCAUCGUCGACGUGGUCAAUGGUUUCUGCACCGUUGGCUCCGGCAACAUGGCUCCAACGAAGCCCAACGAGCAGAUAUCGAAGAUGGUGGAGGAAUCUGCAAGGCUCGCAAGAGAGUUCUGCGAUCGUAAUUGGCCCGUCUUUGCGUUUCUAGACUCUCACCUUCCUGGUGUUCCGGAGAUCCCUUAUCCUCCUCAUUGCAUCAUAGGAACUCAAGAAGCAGAACUUGUUCCUGCUCUACAGUGGCUUGAAAAAGAGAGUUGUGCCACUCUUAUGCGGAAGGACUGCAUUAAUGGGUUUGUGGGUUCGAUGGAGAAAGACGGUUCUAAUAAGUUUGUGGAUUGGGUUAAAGAGAAACAGAUCGAAGUUAUUGUGGUUGUAGGUAUCUGCACAGACAUAUGUGUGUUUGAUUUUGUGGCUACUGUACUCUCUGCUCGAAACCAUAGUGUUAUUCCUCCUCUGGAAGAUGUGAUAGUGUACUCACGUGGAUGCGCCACCUAUGACCUUCCUCUUCAUGUCGCAAAAGACAUUAAAGGCGCUCAGGCUCAUCCUCAGGAGAUGAUGCACCAUGUAGGUCUAUACAUGGCUAAAGGAAGAGGAGCUAAGUGAAGGAUGCAUGCACGAGAAUAUAGACGGCUUAGCUCUCUUCUGCUUAGAGCCAAAUAUAAACGACCUCAACGGCACCCUCGAGCGACUAUCCGAAUGCUGGAAACCACCAGGAUCCGAUCCCUUCUUCGAACCCGAAAGAUCAAACUCAUCGUUCACCUUCCCUAGAGUCCUGUCAACCUCCAUCUGAAGCACCGUGAUGCGAUCCAGCCCCGCCUGCAGCUCGUCAGCCACCU